GUGUGUUUGUGUCAGACACUAAUCAGAGCUUCAAAUUUUAAGUCCCAUGUUACUAGCCAGGCCUGAAUAGUCACUUGCCACUACAAGCCCGGAGGGUCCAUGGCACACUCAGCAGGGGUGAAUUUCAACUCAUCAGGGCUACAUCUUGACUGGCCCAUGGCUAGCGAAACGUGGAAAGUGUAAGUCCUGCUGUAAUAAUUAUAUACAAUAUCACUCGGGUAAAAUGCAGAAGGUCACGCACUCAUAAGUUGGCAACAAAACAGGGUUAGAGGUUUUCACUAAGGUGAGAAUUCAAGGUGAAUUCUUACUGAAUUUGUAAAUCAAGGUUAAAAUUGCUGAACUAUAAAAAUUCUAAAAGUCUGCAGAGCUUUCAGUUCGGCUACUCGGGCCUUACAUAGAAGAUACACAGCUCUGCAUGUUACAGAUACACUCUGCUCUGCAUGUUACAGAUACACAGCUCUGCAUGUUACGGAUACACUUUGCUCUGCAUGUUACAGAUACACAGCUCUGCAUGUUACGGAUACACUCUGCUCUGCAUGUUACAGAUACACAGCUCUGCAUGUUAAAGACACACAGCUCUGCAUGUUACGGAUACACUCUGCUCUGCAUGUUACAGAUACACAGCUCUGCAUGUUACGGGUACACUCUGCUCUGCAUGUUACAGAUACACAGCUCUGCAUGUUACGGGUACACUCUGCUCUGCAUGUUACAGAUACACAGCUCUGCAUGUUACGGGUACACUCUGCUCUGCAAGUUAAUUUUAUAAAUAAAUGAAUGCACAUUGUUCUGCACGUCACAGAGAGAUUUUGCAUGUUCCACGAGCACACUGCUCUGCAUUUUGUAACCUGACACGUGCUCUGCAUAGUAUAUGUUCUAUAUCCUAUGUGUUACAUAGACACAAGAUGUACUGCACCCCUUCACAUGUUGCGUAUGGUUUCUUCCACUCCAGUUCAAUCCAGUUUAUUUCACAAUGCAGGACAAGGAAAGGGGAAGAGGGGGGGGAGUGAUUUCCUGAGUGUGUAUAAUGCUGCAGUCAGACUGUAUGAUGGCUUCCGCCACCUUCACUGGUCCCAGACGCACUGAGCUAAGCCCGGCAAUGCAAGGCCCCACAGCCCCCGCUGUUUGGCUGGGAGCACUGAGAGCCAGUGAGCCGGGUCUUCAUAGCAGGGCUUAGCUCAAUGCAGCUAGUGGCACUUCCUUGCAGUAAAGCAGUGAUGGGUGCCCAGCGGACCCCAAGCUAGUUAUUAAACCUUUCUUAAAAUGCUUCAGCAGCGCUCUCUGCAUGGUCUGCCACGUGCGCGGGUCUGCUGGGCACCACACCUCCCUCCUCCCUUCUCGGUUCUGGACAGGAUGCCCAUGUUAAGUCGUGCCAGUCACACAAGUUGCAUCACGGGCAUGCAGCUUAAUGUGUCAUAUCUUUACAAAUAAAAUAUUUAACCACCAGAUGUGUAUAAAAUAUCCUUAUAAUGUAAUUUAGAUGCAUUUAAUCACAGCCUUCACAAUCUAUAAUUAUAACCUCCGGACCGAGUACGAAAACAAAACAUAAAUUAUUUCAUGUACGUAAAAGAUUGGGCGUUGAACAGGACAAUUUGCAGAACGAUGAUGAGAUGACACUAAUAAAAGGCUAUCUCAUUAUAAGGCAAGAUAUUUGAUCAACUUGGCUGUGUAGUGGCAUCCAGUGAGUACUUUUACAGGCUUUUAUUAUACGUGUACUUUCUGGCCUAUCAAGAUACUCUAUGGUACACACAUGUUCUCUAUGGUAAAAUUACAUCAUCACCAUGUCAUAAAGCAUAAUUAUGAUGUCAUCUGUGGCUAUAAAAGGAGGUGAAUGCAAAUCACAACAGUUCUUAUUAAGGUACACAGUGAGUGACUAAUGCCACAUACCCAUCUAUAAUUUUGGUCAGAGCAAACACAGGUUUUUUGGCUUCAAAACUCUUUUAUUAGAAAAAUGUCUUCUCCACCUACCAGAGAGGGGCAAGGUAUGGUGACUCUACCCGUGGAAGACCUCAUCCCAGACAUACCACACUCAAUGGACAAUGCAGCGCCAAUCAAUGAUACCCAAGGUAAGAGACUUCAUUCAGAUGUCAGUAAAAAUUAUUAAAGAAAAAAAAAAUAACCAUCUUGUUUGAAUGGCGGAAACGUAGCUCCAUGAUUGCUUACACACCGAUAGUCUAAACAGAACUCAAAAAUAAUCUCAACAUGUAACCAAUUCCUUAAAGUCAAAAUCGGACUUCCUUACCUCUAACUAUUAUAAUUAACAAAACAAAGCCAACCAAUUCUAAUGCAGUUUUGUAUAGGUUUUCUAAAAAAUAUAUAUUUUUAUUAAAGGGACAGUCUGAGCUUUAGAACUACUACAUCUUAAAGUGAAUCUUUAAUGAAAAAUUUCACUUACCUGAAAUCACUGCCAAAUGCAUUGAAUACGCCAUAUAUCACAAUGAUGCAUGGUAUAUUCCAUGUAAUAGAUAUUGAUUUUUAUCCCCUUUCCUCCAUCCCAGCACCGUUUUGUGGCAUGCAACACCCAUCUCAGGGUCAUCCUCCAUUCCGCCUGUCUCUUCUUGAAUUUGCCUACCCCGAGAUGCAAGUCUCCCCAGUGAUGUUGGCAAGCUGGCUUAGUUGCCAGCAUGCCACCAUUGUAACGGAAUGACGUCACACCACUCUGUUCCUGUACCCCCUAGCCAGAGAUGGUUGAGGUUGGUAUGGGUAAAGAGCAGAGGGGCCUCCUGUUGAUGUUUUUUUCUGCUCUUCCUUGGCAUGUCACGGCAUUGACUGACAGCUGGGAGAAAAAAAACAUUUUUUAAAUAGAUUUUUCUCCUAAUCUUUAUAUUUCCUAUCAAAACUGCUAGCACAAUGUUUAGAUAAAAUUGUAUCCUAUAUCUACUGAGCAUAUGUUGUUUGGGGCACGACAGGUGCCCUUUACAGUAGGUAUUGUAAUCUGUCCUUUUCUCUCACAAGUGUAAACACUGCUGUUGUUGAAAAAUGGCAAUGUUUACAUUUAUAAGAGAACAUGCCUCUAGUGGUCAGACACAUCCAGCAUGAUGAAGAAAAACACUGGUGAUUGGCGGAGGGAUUGACACUCAGUUGCUGUAUGUCCUCAAUGGACAAAAAGGACAAAGUCAUCAAGGAUGAUAACUUCAGUGGAGGCAGAGCGGCAGUAUUGAGGAGGCUACCUAGUGCUUGGAUAAAGGUAGGUUUUAUGGCAAUUUUUUUAAAAUUUAUUGUAACCUAUAAAGGGGUGAGGGCCUUGAAACUAAAUAGACUAAGCAGUAAUCUAAUAUGACGAUGUUACCGAGAUCCUUUAAUUAUAGAUGUGGUUUCUUUAAAAAGAUGGCUUGUCACCUGCAAUGAUGUCCCAAUUCACCUUAAAGGACCACUAUAGGCACCCAGACCAUUUCAGCUCAAUGAAGUGGUCUGGGUGCCAGGCCCUCAAGUUUUAACCCUGCAGCUUUAAACAUAGCAGUUUCAGAGAAAGGUGCUUCCGCGAAUCUCACUGUGAAAAUCCCAGUGAGAAGACGCUGAUGUCCAUAGGAAAGCAUUGAGUAAUGCUUUCCUAUGGGCGGUCUGAAUGCGUGCGCAGCUCUGGCCGCACUUGCACAUUCUGCGCUGACGUCUGCAGAGGGAGGACAGUUACCAGCGCCGAGGGAGCCAUGCACUGGAGAAAGGUAAGUGUUUUAACACCUUCAGCCCAGCGGAAGUGGGACCCUAAGGGUGGGGGGCCCUAUUAACACUAUAGAGCCAGGAAAACAAGUUUGUUUUCCUGGCACUAUAGUGGUCCUUUAAUCUGCAUUUUGUAUAUAUUUUGGUCAUUACAGCAGCACCACGACUAAGAAAUACAUGUUUCGGGUUUGUACCCCCCCAAAUCCCUAGCUUUAGACAAAUUCUAAAAUUCAAUCUAUAUCUUGUAGCAGAGACGCUGCUAACAGAUAUAAAGGUUAAACAGUUCACUUAUGUACAGUUUGCAUCCAGUUAUCUGACCUUUCCCACAAUGAACACAGGUCCACCACAAAGCAAUGGUUUUGACUUGUGUUUUUGCUGAUACAAUAGAGAUUCUCUUGCAGGAAACUUAAAGAGUUCUGGGUAUUUGCUGCAGAACAUAUAGAUAAUAACCAAAAUCAAAUUUAAAUAACAUUUUAUCUAUACAUUUUCUGGAAAUUGAUCGAAUGUAGGCCUUGAUUUAACAAGCUUUCUUUUUUUUUUUUGUAAAUCUGUUUUUAUUGAAAAGUAGUUCAAACAGUCAAUACAUGCGUUAAGAAGAUUUGCAGAUUGGGACACGAACAAGCUUUCAAUAUGUUUCAAUACUAUUAGAAAAACUGAUUUAUCUAAAGAAGUAACCAUGGAAGUCUAUAUGAAUAUUUGUGGAUCAAUCAUUUGGAAACGUUUUCUAACAGUAUGGAGUUGGAAACGUUAUUAAAUUGUCAUGAUGAAUUGAUGGAAUCUCAUACUCUAUAAUUUGUCACCGUGUCCUUUGUGCAUGAGAUACACUGAACACAAUUCUAAAUGCAACACUGAGCUGAACUCAAAGAUCUAAGACUUUUUCUAUGUACACAAAAGGCUUAUUUUUCUCAAAUAUUGUUCACAAAUCUGUCUAAAGCUGUGUUAGUUAGCACUUCUCCUUUGCCGAGAUAAUCCAUCCACCUCACAGGUAUCAAGAUGCUGAUUAGACAGCAUGAUUGUUGCACAGGUGUGCCUUAGGCUGGCCACAAUAAAAGGCCACUCUAAAAUGUGCAGUUUUACUGAAUUGGGGAGUUUGGGGAGUGUCCGAAAACCAAUCAGUAUCUGGUGUGACCACCAUUUGCCUCGCACAAUGCAACACAUCUCCCUCGCAUAGAGUUGAUCAGGUUGUUGAUUGCGCUCUGUGGAAUGUUGGUCCACUUCUCUGCAAUGGCUGUACGAAGUUGCUGGAUAUUGACAGGACCUGGAACACGCUGUCGUAUACGCUGAUCCAGAGCAUCCCAAACAUGCUCAAUGGGUGACAUAUCCGGUGAGUAUUCUGGCCAUGCAAGAACUGGGAUGUUUUCAGCUUCCAGGAACUGUGUACAGAUCCUUGCAAAAUGGGGCCGUGCAUUAUCAUGCUGCAACAUGAGAUGAUGGUCGUGGAAGAAUGGCACAACAAUGGGCCUCAGGAUCUCGUCACAGUAUCUCUGUGCAUGCAAAAUGCCAUCAAUAAAAUGCACCUGUGUUCAUUGUCCAUAACAUACGCCUGCCCAUAGCAUAUCCCCACCGCCACCAUGAUCCACUUGAACCACAACUUUAACAUCAGCAAACCGCCCGCCUACACAACGCCAUACAUGAUGUCUGCCAGCUGCCCUGUACAGUGAAAACUGGGAUUCAUGCGUAAAGAGAACACCUCUCCAAAAUGCCAAACGCCAUAGAAUGUGAACAUUUGCCCAUUCAAGUCGGUUACGACGACGAACUGCAGUCAGGUCAAGACCCCGAUGAGGAUGACGAGCAUGCAGAUGAGCUUCCCUGAGAUGGUUUCUGACAGUUUGUGCAGAAAUCCUUUGGUUAUGCAAACCGAUUGUUGCAGCAGUUAUCCAGGUGGCUGGUCUCAGACGAUCUUGGAGGUGACGAUGCUGGAUGUGGAGGUCCUGGGCUGGUGUGGUUACACGUGGUCUGUGGUCAUGAGGCCAGUUGGAUGUACUGCCAAAUACUAUGAAAUGCCUAUGGUAGAGAAAUUAACAUUCAAUUCAUGGACAACAGCUCUGGUGGACAUUCGUGCAGUCAGCAUGCCAAUUGCACACCCCCUUAAAACUUGCGACAUCUGUGGCAUUGUGCUGUGUGAUAAAACAGCACAUUUUAGAGUGGCCUUUUAUUGUGGCCAGCCUUAUGCACACCUUUGCAAUAAUCAUGCUGUCUAAUUAGCAACUUGAUAUGCUACACCUGUGAGGUGGAUGGAUUAUCUCGGCAAAGGAGAAGUGCUCACUAACACAGAUUUAGACAGAUUUGUGAACAAUAUUUGAGAAAAAUAGGCCUUUUGUGUACAUAGAAAAACUCUUGGAUCUUUGAGUUAAGCUUAUGAAAAAUGGGGGCAAAAACCCAAUUGCAUUUAUAAUUUUGUUCAGUAUACAUAAAUGUUAGCAGUUUUAUUAAAAAUUUUUUAAUAAUAAUUCUCUUUUAAUGUUUAGGAAUAUUGAUGGCAGAAACAGAAAUGUAUUUUCUCACUCAAUCAAACUGUGAGAUCUUAGUUCCCGACUGUGACUUUACUUUGGCUUUGCAAGUGGAUGUGUCAACCACGCCUGAAGACGAUCCCCCAACUUCACCAACAUUGGAGGCAAAGACGCCUGAAAGAACAUUCGAGAUGGCUCAUGCUCCCAGAACACCAAAAGGUCAAAGAACCAGUCCAUCCAUGGGACUCCAACCUCUGAAGAGACGCCGUCUCUACAACUAUGAAACCAUGCCUUGGACGAAUACAGAGAACAAAGCAACUGUUGGGAGGAGGGUAUACCGUAAAUGGAUGGCCAAUAAACCCUAUCUUAUUGCAAAACCCUCUUCAUGUCGUGGAUAUAGUAUUAAAAAUAACAAGAAAAGCAACAGAAGGUCGAGAUAGAAAGCCUAAAUAUUCACAUAUCUGAAAAAAAAC